UCCAUCCUGCUGCCACAGGAAAUCUACAGUUUUGUGCUCGUACGUUAAUUUUCUGCAGCUUCUAGUGCUGCAUCUCUAGCCCAGCCAAAACCAACCUAUCAUCUGCAACCAUUUGGUCAACCCACUGUCUCCAAAAAAUCCUCUUUCUUUCCUUCUUUCAUUCAUUACACUCUUUCUUCUCUGCUUUAGAACUCCCACUUCCCUCCUCCUUUUCUUUCCGUUUCUUCCUCUCACACCAUUCUGUUUUCCUGAAAUCCUCGUGAGAUCUGGGAAUGGGAACAUGUUCUUCAUUUCUGCAACACCUCUUCCUUUUUCUGAUUCUCCUUGCACACCUUUCUCUGUUUCAAGCACGCACUCUAUCUUCAGACCUCCAAGCCCUCAAAGCCUUCAAAGCCUCUGUUACUCCGUCUUCUAUCCCUCCUUCUUCCUGCUUAGCUUCCUGGAACUUCACCGAUGAUCCUUGCUCUCUCCCUCGCCGUAGCUCCUUCGUCUGUGGCCUGUCUUGCUCCCCUGACUCCACUCGCGUCACUCAAAUCACCCUCGACCCGGCCGGCUACUCCGGUUCGCUCACCUCACUCGUCUCCCAGCUCACCCGGCUCAUCACCUUGGACCUCUCCGACAACUCCUUCUCCGGCCGAAUCCCACCCUCUCUCUCCUCCCUCUCCAACCUCCAAUCCUUAACUCUCCGAUCCAAUUCCUUCUCUGGCUCUAUCCCUCCUUCCAUAAUUAACCUUCAAUCGCUCCAGAGUCUCGACCUCUCCCACAACUCCCUGUCCGGGUCUCUCCCGAGUUCCAUGAUUUCGCUUGCUGGCUUGAGAAGUAUGGACGUGAGUUUCAACAAGCUAACCGGGCCUCUCCCGAAGUUGCUUCCGCCGACCCUGAUCGAACUCGCGCUGAAGGGGAAUCUGUUAUCCGGGUCUCUCAGUAAAUUUACGUUCGAGAAGCUAAACCAAUUGGAGGUGGUUGAGCUCAGCGAGAACAUGCUCGCCGGCAAAAUUGAGGCUUGGUUCUUUCAAUUACCUUCGCUUCAGCAAGUUGAUAUGGCGAACAAUAGCUUUACCGGAGUCGAGAUCUCGAGACCCGUCGGAGGUAACAGCAACCUCGUGGCGGUUAAUUUGGGGUUUAACAAGAUCCAAGGUUUCGCGCCCGCCAAUUUCGCCGCGUAUCCUGUGCUGUCGUUUUUGUCACUCCGGUACAACUCGCUACGUGGCACGAUCCCAUUGGAGUACAGCCAGAGCAAGUCCAUGAGAAGGCUGUUCCUGGACGGGAACUUCCUGAUGGGGAAGCCGCCGGCCGGCUUUUUCUCCGGUAACGGUGGGGCAUCACUUUCCGGCAGCUUGGGUGAUAAUUGUCUGCAGAGCUGCCCGGCAAGUUCACAGCUGUGCACGCCUGCCCAGAAACCUAGCUCUGUUUGCAAGAAAGUUUACCGAGGAAGACCGUGAUCUCGAUUCAUGGUGUCUCCUGGCGUUGAUUAAAAAUAAUAACGAAAAGAUUACCACUUCUGUAUUUUUUCUUAAUUAUUAAUAGGAUUAAGGGGUGUUUUACGUGAAUAAUAAGAGACCUUUGAAAAUUACGAUAAUGAGUGUCUAGUGCAUGUUUUUGAAUUAAUAUUUAAUAAUAAAAGAUGUCAGACUUACAGUUUUGUAC